AUGUGUCGUUGGUUCGCAUAUCUGUCUCCGGACGAGGAAUGUCUUCUGGAAGACGUCCUCAUUACACCGGAACAUGGUCUCGCAAAGCAAGUGCAUGACCACUACCUGCCCAAACUCUUCUCCCACGUCCCCGGCGAAGAGACCAGCAGUCAAGAAAUCACCCUCCGCAACCGGCUGUUCAACGUCGACGGCUUCGGCAUGACAUGGUACACGCCGACGCGCGGGGCCUUUGUCAAGCCCAUCACCGGCACCAGGCCCGUCGUCUACAAACACAGCCAGCCGCCCAACAACGACGCCAACUUCCACAGCAUCUGCGCCAACACGGCGACGACCGCCAUUUUCGCCCACAUCCGCGCCGCCACCGGCACCUCCGUCGCCACCAUCAACAACCACCCGUUCGUGUUUGGCCGCCACACCAUCAUGCACAACGGCUUGAUCGCCCACUUCGCCGACGUCCGCCGGCCCAUGCUCGAUCUGAUCGAGAAGUCGGCCUACGAGAACAUCCAGGGCACCACCGACUCCGAGCACCUCGCCGCCCUGUACAUGACCUAUCUCACCAAAAGUGUGGGCGGAGGGUCUGACAGUUGGGAGCGACAGUACUCGCCCGAAGAAAUGUGCCAUGCCCUGGUCGCCGCCUUCCGCGCCGUCAUCGACUUGCAGCAGAAGGUCCUGGGCCCGGAGAACGUGCAGGCCUGUUCGCUCAAUGUCUGCUGCACCGAUGGCGACCAGAUGGUCGCCGUGCGCUUGCGGAACCAUGCCAUCGAGCAACCGCCCUCACUGUACUGGUCCGCAACAGCCGGCGUCACCCUCAACCAAAAGUAUCCCGACUUGCCCUCGGGCGCCGCAAACCCCAACGCCACCAAGGACGCCUCCGAGCACGGCAAGCAUGUCAUCAUCGCCAGUGAACCAACCACGUACAAAGUCCAAGAAUGGUCGUUGAUCGAGAAGAAUCACGCCGUCCUCGUCGACUCCAAGGGCGACCACUCGGUGGUCAAGAUCGACUUGCCCGAUUCCUGUCUGGCCCAGGCAGCUACCGGGAAGCAUUUCUGA